CCGUGGCGCAUGCGCGCGGGGGCCGGCGCGCGGCUCCGGUCUCCGGUGACGUGGCGUGCGGAGGCGGAGCCCAGGCCGGUGGCGGGAGGCGGGGGAGGAAGCGCGAGGUGAGCGCGGACGUCAGAGUGGAGAGCGGAAGGUCAGGGAGGAUCGGAGCGGAAGUGAGACCAGGGAGUCUGUCCGCCAUUGUGGCCCCGAGAAGCGGAGAGCGAGAGGGGAAGACGAGCGUGCAAGCGGAAGAGAGGGGCCCCUGCCACCGACUCCCGAGCGCCAGGCCCUCGUUCCGGCUUUUCUGCGAGCGGCGGCGGCGGCGGCGGCAGCGGCGGCGGCUGGCACGGUCCACUCGGCGGAGGGCGGCUUCCAACUGCUAGACCUAAAGGGCAAGGAAAUAAAGGUGGGAAAACAUGAUGCACAGAUCUGUUGACUUUCCUAACUUGAUGUAGUCAGACCAGAGCAAAGAAUCACCUGGCUCCUAAGGCCCAUGUUCUAUCUUGAUUUGACUCUGCUUCAUAGAGCAGAGGAAACAAGCGAAGAAUCAUUUUCAGUACAAAACGGUUCCAUUCAUCAAAAAGAUGCUGUAAAUGAUGAUGAUUUUGAGCCAUACUUAAGUAGCCAGACAAAUCAGGGGCUUAGAAGAUUGGUUAUUUGGCAUUCCACAGAGGUGCUUCAGAGUAACAGCUAUCCACCAAUGUCAGAUCCAUACAUGCCUAGUUACUAUGCUCCAUCCAUUGGAUUUCCAUAUUCUCUUGGGGAAGCAGCAUGGUCCACGGCUGGAGACCAACCUAUGCCAUAUCUGACAACCUAUGGACAAAUGAGUAAUGGAGAACAUCAUUAUAUACCAGAUGGUGUGUUCAGUCAACCUGGGGCAUUAGGAAAUACCCCUCCAUUUCUUGGUCAGCAUGGAUUUAACUUUUUUCCUGGUAAUGCUGAUUUCUCUACGUGGGGGACAAGUGGAUCUCAGGGACAAUCAACGCAAAGUUCUGCUUAUAGUAGCAGUUAUGGCUAUCCACCUAGUUCUCUUGGGAGAGCUAUUACUGAUGGACAGGCUGGAUUUGGCAAUGAUACUUUGAGUAAGGUGCCCGGCAUUAGCAGUAUUGAGCAAGGCAUGACUGGACUGAAAAUUGGUGGUGACCUGACAGCUGCAGUGACAAAAACUGUAGGUACAGCCUUGAGCAGCAGUGGUAUGACUAGCAUUGCAACCAAUAGUGUGCCCCCAGUUAGCAGUGCAGCACCUAAACCAACCUCCUGGGCCGCCAUUGCCAGAAAGCCUGCCAAACCUCAACCGAAACUUAAACCCAAGGGCAAUGUAGGAAUUGGGGGUUCUGCUGUGCCACCACCUCCUAUAAAACACAAUAUGAAUAUUGGAACUUGGGAUGAAAAGGGGUCCGUGGUAAAGGCACCACCAACCCAACCAGUUCUGCCUCCUCAAACUAUAAUCCAGCAGCCUCAGCCAUUAAUUCAACCACCACCAUUGGUGCAAAGCCAACUGCCUCAACAGCAGCCUCAGCCACCACAACCACAGCAGCAACAAGGACCUCAGCCACAGGCUCAGCCUCACCAAGUGCAGCCCCAACAGCAGCAGCUGCAGAACCGUUGGGUAGCUCCUCGGAAUAGAGGAGGUGGCUUCAACCAGAACAAUGGAGCGGGCGGUGAAAACUUUGGUUUAGGUGUUGUUGCUAUCAGUGCUUCACCUUCUAGUGUAGAAGUGCAUCCAGUGCUGGAAAAGCUAAAGGCCAUAAACAACUAUAAUCCCAAAGACUUUGACUGGAACCUGAAAAAUGGACGUGUGUUUAUAAUUAAAAGCUAUUCUGAGGAUGACAUUCACCGUUCCAUUAAGUACUCUAUCUGGUGUAGUACUGAACAUGGUAAUAAGCGUUUGGAUGCAGCUUACCGUUCCCUGAAUGGGAAAGGCCCACUCUAUUUACUCUUCAGUGUGAAUGGCAGUGGACAUUUUUGUGGAGUGGCUGAAAUGAAGUCUGUUGUGGACUAUAAUGCAUAUGCUGGUGUCUGGUCUCAGGAUAAGUGGAAGGGCAAAUUUGAAGUUAAGUGGAUCUUUGUCAAAGAUGUUCCCAAUAACCAAUUACGGCAUAUUCGCUUAGAAAAUAAUGACAACAAACCGGUUACCAAUUCAAGGGACACUCAAGAGGUACCCCUAGAAAAAGCUAAGCAAGUGCUUAAAAUAAUUGCUACCUUCAAGCAUACCACCUCAAUCUUUGAUGACUUUGCACAUUAUGAAAAGCGUCAAGAAGAGGAGGAAGCCAUGCGUAGGCUGAAGUUCCUCAAAGCAUCUGAUAAUGUGAAGAUUACAUUUUCCCAGGUGCAUGUCCUUCCAACCAUCGCAAAUAUAUGAUUACUUCAGGAACAUAUUUAACUGAGAGAAAUAGAAACAAACAAUAACCAUAUGAAGAUGUCCUCUUAGAAUUACAACACUAAUGAUGUAGACUCUGGAAAUGCCUAAUAAGUCAAAGAAGACAUUAUUAAAGCUUUUUUUUUUCUGCAUAAGGUGACAUCUUUGAACUCUUUAACACAGAAUUGACUCUUGUAAUGGUUUUCAUCAGCGCAUCUGCCCUUAUAUUCUCACCAAACACACUUGAGAACUGUAACUUCGUCAAGCACUUUCUGUCCUGAAGCUUUUACCAGUAUCUGCUGUCUUUUGUAAUUAUGCAUCCUAGCUAAGGCACAGAAGACUGAAUGAAUGCAAGGAUUCAUUAACUCUUUGAAUUUGUUAAAUACUAACAGUUAACCAUUAGAAGUGGUUCAAUGAUGUAAGAGUCACAUUGCUUCAACAUUUCUUUGUUGUAGUUUUUAAAUUGUCGAUUUUUAGCUAUUUGACAGAUUAAAAGCAAAAUAAUCAUGCCAUAUUUAGUCCUGGAGUUCAAGUCUAAAUGUUUAUGUGAAGAAUUAUUGUAGUAAACUUUUAAUAUGGCAAAGCAAUCUUAAGCUCUAUUUUAGCCAAAUGAAACAUAAUCUGAGAUUAUAUUAGAACAUUUUCCUUGUCUUUAAAUUGUUUGGUGUAACAGAAUAUUGAUAUGCAGCUUGGUGGAUUUCACCAGUUAAUGCACAUUCUUCUCUCCUCCUUCCCCCAAUAAUAUGUAAACUGAAAAAUGUGCAUUUGUCUGAGGAAUUAUUUUGUUUGCUACCACUUAAUGAAUCUCAAAAUUUUGAGUAAAUGUACCUCAGUCUAAUCAGACUUUUUAUGACCUUUAUAACUACAUUUAAAAUCCUUAAUUCCUAUUUCUGGGUGUUGGCGAGCCUGAUUGCUAUCAUGAAGUAAACAUUUAUUACUCUAGGUAUUCACUAGCUAAAUAAACAUAGUUCUUGUUUAGCAAGCAUAUACUGUUCAUCUCUUUUCUCCAGCUUUUGCAGUGUCCUGGCAUCCUUAAAAUACUUUGAAAAUAUGGCCUUGAUCCAUGGAUUAAAUCAGUAUCUAAGUGAAUGUGUUGAUGUUUUAUUGAUCAGAUCUAUAUAAACGGAAUACAGCAUAUAUCUGGGUAUUCUUAUAGUUAUCUUUUUAACAUCUUAUUUUUUUCAUUAAUUACAUAUCAACAUUAAUUUUGUGUCUUGAAACAAAUUGAUUUUGUAUAAUUAAAUGUGUCAUCUGUAUUAAUUGAUCUGAUGGCAUAUGGUUAUGAAGAUAAUGUACUGCCCCUUAUGUUACUGUUCCAAAAGGAGAAAGCUAUGUAGAAAGAUACAAGGGUGAAAAUAGCAAUACAGUAGAUUUGAAUACCUUGGUGUUUUGCAUUACUCCAUUUAUGUUUACAUCAUGUUUAGAAACCUUUUCAUUUACAUUUACACAUUUGAUCACUUCAGUUCAAAAAUUUAGUGGCAGAUAUUUCUUUGAUGUUUUCAUUUAUAUAAUUUUUUGUACAAUGUUUUCUUAAAAUGUGCAAAUGCUGUAUUCAAAUGAAAUCAAAUACAGUAUUUGUAGAUAAUCGUAGCUAUUUCACAGGUCUUUGGUAGUCCCAUUGUAGUUAUAUCAGUGUUUACUGAAGGGAACAUUAAAAUAUUAAUGGUAUAUUACAAAAUAAAGACUUUCUUAAAGGAAAGUUGCACCUAUUUUACCUUUUUAAGAGUAAGCCAUGAAAUCUUAUCUUGUGACAUGUCUCUUAACUAUUUAUAAUAAAAAUUGGCAUUUGGGUAUAGUAACCACAGCAAUGUUCUACAUCCCUAAGAUUAUAUAGGUAGGACAUGUCAAAGAUGACUGUUGUCACUCUGGAGGUCCUAUUAGAGAAAACUAUAAAGAGGGACCUCAUAGAAAGGAUCUGAGUCCUCACUCUGAGGUUCACUUUUUCUGGUGCUUUAUUAGCAACUCUGAAUAUUUUUAUAAAACUAGUUACAUUAUAAAUGGAUUGAAAGUUGUUUGAUUUACAUUUGAUUUUUAUGUAAGAAGUGUCACAGAAACAUGCAGCAAGUGGGCUGAUUGCAACAGCAGACUCAGAAACGUCUGAUGUAAUUGAGUGGUCUGCUCAUCGUGAGGUAUACAUCCCAGUGCCUUUAACCUGGAUUUCUAAUAUCAAGUGAAAUGGGUGCAGCAUUCCUUUGGAAAUAAAAACUAUCUUUUCAAUCAGUAAUUAUUUUUUCCAUUUACGAUUUCUUCAGAGCACCUACUUUCUCUUCCUCCUUGGUCUAUCACUAUAUUGCAAAAUGUUUUCCCUCUGAAUGAAAUGAUCACAGGUUGUCUAAAUAGCACAACUAACUGAAUGUUUAACUGGAGCGACCAAAAAGGAGAGAACCUGGGCUCUAUAGCAGGAAACACAUAAUCAAAUGUUUGAAUAAUCACAAAUUAAGACAUGAUUGGGGCCUGGGAAAUUUCUUGCUUAAUAUUUUUCCAAGAUUUGGUUUGAAUGUUUCUUAUUAAAGUUACCUUAUGUGGGUAUUUUGGAAGGUAUAAUAGUUUGUAUAUUUAACAGUAAGGGGGAAAAUGUAACCAAAAUUAGUAUUCUGUCUCUAUACUUACUGGUACUUGAAGAUUCCUUUCAAAAGAAACCCCAGCUUUUUCCUAAUUUCAGUAUUUAAUUCCUCAUUUUAACUUGUGAUCUUUCUAAUUCAAAAGCUGUGUUCUUUUUGAAUACCAUGCAUGGAGGUUAAGCUGAUGAUAAAAUGGUUUGCAAUAAAAAAAGAAUCAGCUUAAGUCAUUUAAUCAUUUCAAGUGCUUUCUGCAUCCUAUAAAAAUAAGUUUGAGAAAUUUAAAGAGAAUUGUGUUUUCAUUAAGUUUUGCAUAUCUUUUGUUAUGCCAUGUAAAUUCCCUUUUUCGUAUGAUUACAGAAAGGUUAUGAUAAAAUGAUUAUUAGUUCAUUUACAUUCACUUGUAGCAAUUACAUGAGAAUUUGAAUUUUGUCGUGUUUGGGUUUGUUCAUUCCUGUGAAUGAUGGUACAGUUAGGUGAGCUUUUCUGUUAUGGUACCCAAACUCACCAUUUGGUCCUCUUUAAUCUUUGAGGGUUUCAAUAAAAAUGUUCACUCA